CAUGCGCGGUGGAUAAUUUCCGCUUUGUGUAGAGCGUGGUGUUUACGAAUCCUUCUUUUUUUUCCCGGUUUUAGUUUUUUUUAGAAAUAUACUCAUAUAUAAACACAGAUAAAUAUAUAUAUAUAUAGUUGAACAGUUACAGAUAUAUCGAGGAUGGCAGCUUCUGGUGGGAAAGGCCCAGCUCCCACAGUUGAACAGAUUCAAGAAGAUGUCAUCACACAGUUGGCAAACCAGUUUUGGUCCCCGUAUUCAUUGGAAAGAAAAGCAUUCAAACCAAAGGUCAUUGAAGAUAUUUAUGAAAAGGAAAUCCUUGCCACAAAAUUUUCAAUCCGAAGAAUUGUGGUCCUUGAAUUCAGUCAAUAUCUGGAAUGUUAUCUAUGGCCUAACUAUAAUCCUGAAACGGCUACCAAAAGUCACUUAAUCUCUAUCAUCAUAAUGGUAAAUGAGAAAUUCCGAGAAAGAGUUCCUGCUUGGGAGGCUUUUCAAUCAAAAUCAGAAAACUUUGCGGGUUUCUUCCAAGAAGUUCUAAAAGCCAGCCUAAAUGCGACCAACUUUUCCCUACGAGAACAAUCCAUGCUCUUAGUGUUCCUCAUCCAUUGUUUCAACAGUUUGGAGGUGGAUUUGAUCCGUGAACAGGUUCAGCAAUUGGUGUCCUUAAGUAUCUGGAUAAACCUUCUUCCUGGACGGCGUGAAGAACUGUUCAGCGUUUUCCCCAAAUACAAGAAAUUCUUCAAUCUACUUCGCAAAAGUCAGAACAAACUGGACGAAGCAGAGAAAAAGAAAUCCGAAUUCGAGUGCAGCUUUUUGUUUAACCUUAUCAAAAGAUAUUUCAGUGUUUUGGAACAAAUUCCUGAAACAGGUGCAGUGUCUCGAGAUUCCAUUCACUACUGCGAACGCUUCCUGGAACUAAUGAUUGACCUGGAGGCCCAGCUUCCAACCCGACGUUUCUUUAAUGCCCUCAUUGAUAACACUCACUUCCUGGUGGUCAGUAAGCUGUCCAACCUGAUCAAGAAGCCAGAAGGAAAGCUCUUUGGACAGUUGCUGGACAUGCUGGAAAUGUACGUAGAGUUUGAGAUCAAUGACCAGAAUGGAGAAGCCUUAACAAUCCAUGAUCGGAUUGACAUUCACUACAACAAGAUCACAGCCCUUCAGAAAGUUCUUUUCCAUCAGUUUGAGGAUUUACAAGAUUUUGCCAUUGCAAACGUGGCCAGCAUCGACACCCGACAAGCUCUGAUGAAGCAUUUCUCUGCAAUAGACUGUAAAUUGUCUUUACACAAGAUCUGUGCCCAUCUCAAUUUAUUGCCAUUUCCUCAAACCGAAGAGACAGACAUGCCAUCAGAAUUCUUACUGGAACUAUUGAUAACUAAGCAUCAGAAGCGUCCAUCACAACUUGAAACCAUCAAUGAGAUGCCUCUUUAUCCGACAGAAAAUAUCAUUUGGGAUGAAAAUAUAGUUCCAACAGAAUAUUUCUCUGGUGAAGGAUGCCUGGCAUUACCAAAAAUGAACCUUCAGUUUCUCACCCUACAUGAUUAUCUUCUCAAAAACUUCAAUUUAUUCCGCUUGGAAUCUACCUAUGAAAUCAGACAAGACAUAGAAGAUGCGUUGACUCACAUGAAACCAUGGCUUGCAGAAGACCAGUCAACAAUGUUUGGUGGAUGGGCUCGAAUGGCACAACCGAUAACGGCCUUCAGUGUGGUUGAGGUUGCCAAACCUCGCAUCGGAGAAUCUCAUCCAUCCCAGGUCCGUGCCGACAUCACAGUCAACCUAAGUGUCAGACCGGAAAUAAAAUCUGAAUGGGAAGCUCUACGGAAACAUGACGUGGCUUUUCUCAUCACGGUGAAACCAACAUCCCCUAUUGGGACACCUUACAACACCGAGAAACCUUUCAGUCCGCAGGUUGGACUGACUUACGUUAGGGGCUGUGAAAUUGAGGGACUUCUUGAUGACAAUGGGAAAGUUAUUGAAGAAGGUCCUGAACCCAAACCCGAUCUCCAUGGAGACACAAGAACCUUACGUGUGUGGCUUGACCCCAAUCAAUACCAACAGGAUAUGGCAAAAACUCUGAAAGGGGGCGAGGAUGUGUACGAAACCUUCAAUGUAAUCAUGAGAAGAAAACCCAAAGAAAACAACUUCAAGGCUGUUUUGGAGACAAUUCGUGAUUUGAUGAACACAGACUGUGUGGUACCGAAUUGGUUGCAUGACUUGAUUCUGGGUUACGGAAGCCCUGAUGCUGCUCACUAUUCUAAGAUGCCCAACCAAAUCCCAACACUGGACUGGAACGACACAUUCCUCAGUUCUCCCCACAUGAACGAGAGUUUUCCUGAUUCCGAAGUGAUUAUGAAACCCCAGAAGCAAGACGUUGAACCUCAACCACCAUUCAGACUCACCAUGAUGGCUGACAGUUCUUCGUUGGAGAGAAGCACAAAUGAAGAGAAAACUGGCCCCAAAUCCACUGUCAACGCUGAAGCCCAUAUCAUCCCGAAUCGAGGCCCUUACACUUACAGUCAGCCGAAAAGGAACACUGUGCCGUUUACACCAACGCAAAUCGAGGCUAUCCGAGCCGGAAUGCAACCAGGUUUAACAAUGGUGGUCGGACCUCCAGGGACUGGGAAAACAGAUGUGGCUGUCCAGAUCAUUUCCAAUCUUUACCACAACUUUCCGGAUCAGCGGACACUCAUAGUGACUCAUUCUAACCAGGCCCUCAAUCAGCUUUUUGAGAAAAUCAUUGCACUGGACAUAGACGAGCGCCAUUUGCUCCGACUGGGCCAUGGAGAAGAGGCACUGGAGACCGAGAAAGAUUACAGCAGGUAUGGCCGUGUUAAUUAUGUCCUCGCACAACGACUGGAGCUUCUUGAUGAAGUGGCUCGACUGCAGGGAAGUUUAAACGUCCAGUGUGAUAUGUCGUACACCUGUGAAACAGCUGGAUAUUUUUACCUGUACCAGGUUUUGGCAAGAUGGGAAGAAUUUGAAAGUAAAAUCACAAAUGCAGAAUCAAAGGAGAAUAACCUGACAAUUGUGAGAGACCUGUUCCCGUUUACCAAAUUCUUCAGCAAUGCCCCUCAGCCGUUAUUCACCACAGAAUCAUUCCAGAAAGAUCUGGACAUUGCUAAAGGUUGUUUCAGACAUAUCAAGAAGAUCUUCACACAGUUGGAGGAAUUCCGUGCGUUUGAGUUGUUACGCAGCGGCGCCGACCGUGCAGACUACUUGUUGAUAAAAGAAGCCAAAAUCAUUGCAAUGACCUGCACUCAUGCAGCAUUGAAACGCAGGGACCUCGUUCAAGUUGGAUUUAAGUUUGACAAUAUCUUAAUGGAGGAAGCAGCACAAAUUCUUGAAAUUGAAACAUUUAUACCAUUGUUGCUUCAGAAUCCCGAAGAUGGUCUGAAUCGAUUGAAACGCUGGAUCAUGAUUGGUGACCAUCAUCAGUUGCCACCGGUCAUCAAAAACAUGGCGUUCCAGAAAUAUUCCAACAUGGAACAGUCACUCUUCACCCGACUGGUACGUCUUGGAGUUCCAACAGUUGACCUCGACGCCCAAGGCAGAGCACGUGCAAGCUUGAGUAACCUGUAUAACUGGAGGUACCGCAAACUUGGCAAUCUACCCCAUGUUUUGGUUUCACCCGAGUUCCAAAUGGCCAACGCAGGGUUUGUCUAUGACUACCAGCUUGUCGAUGUGCAAGACUUCAACGGUGUCGGCGAAUCAGAGCCGAACCCAUUUUUCUAUCAGAACCUGGCAGAGGCCGAGUAUACCGUGGCUGUGUUUAUGUAUAUGAGGUUACUAGGUUACCCAGCUGAGAAGAUCUCCAUACUGACCACAUAUAACGGUCAGAAACACUUGAUCCGCGACGUCAUAGCCCAGAGAUGUGGCAACAAUCCUUUCAUUGGACGACCCCACAAGGUGACCACAGUUGACCGUUACCAGGGUCAACAAAACGACUACAUCUUGUUAUCUCUUGUCAGAACAAAAGCAGUAGGACAUCUGCGUGAUGUGCGGCGUCUUAUUGUCGCGCUGUCUCGUGCACGUCUGGGAUUGUACGUCUUUGCACGUGUCUCCCUCUUCCGCAACUGUUUCGAACUGACCCCAGCGUUUAAUAAGUUAACGAGUCGACCAAUUAAUCUGCACCUAACACCAACAGAAGUCUACCCUCCAGUACGGAAGGUCACAGAACUGGCUUACGGUAAAGUUGUCGUGAUGGAAGACAUGGCUCAAAUGGCACAGUUUGUCUUUGAUUUCUACAACUCCAAAGUUGAUUCCCUCAUGCGCCAACGGACUUUCGCCAAACGAUGAUGUUGGACAAAAAUGGAUUUUUCACAGAAUCUUUGGCAUCUUAUGUUUGUGUGAGAAACGAACAGAUUCACGAACAGACAGACGGUUACCUGUCCUAGAACAGCUAUGAUUGCCCAAUGACUCGUGUCUCAUAAACAACAGACUUUACAGAAAUCACUCCCCUCUCUCUCUCAUUCAUUCUUCUCAUCCUUUUUUUUUAUUAUAACCCCCUUCUCUCUUAUUUUUACCCCUAAAUUUCAUAUUUCAAAUUCAAAAAUAUAUUCCCCCAAGGUCCUUUGCUUUGAUCUUGUAACUCAGAAGCAAAUAUUUUAAUUUUAAAAACCAAUGGAAUCCAGAAAUUACAGAACAGGAUUGAAUGAAUUUCACCAUUUUGUUGCAUUAUAGUCUUCUCUUCUGAGCCAACUUUAUUCCUCUGGGAUCAAACAUAACUAAGUCCUACACAGCCAUCAGUUUAAUAUUUGAGAUGACCAUUGUGAGGUUAUAUGCAUGAGUUUUGUUUUGUACCUCCUCCAUAAUUGUCUUUUUAUAGUUGUUUUUCUUGUUGUUGUUCAGUUUUUGUGUUUAUGUCUCUUCUCCCUAACAGCUUCAAUAGAAGCUGUUGACACUGCUGGAUUGAGUAGUUCUGUUGCUAGGUGUUGAAACUGCAUUGACAUCCAGUCAACAGCUGAUGAGAGGGUAUUGAGUACCUUUUGUGUCCAUUUGGUUUUCAUUCUCAUCUUCUUUACCCACUUAGAUCGUGGGAGCAGAGUUCUCAAGCAUGCCUUCCAUGGGUCCUGUCAGAAACAACCAUCUCCAGUUGAUCUGGAUGGCUUCCCAAGCAAUACCAACUGAGCUCAUGCAUGUUAUCCGACCAUCUUGCUCAUGGUCUAUCCCUGAGUCUCCUACUUGUAUCUAUCUGUGUGUGUGUGUGUGUAUUGGUUGAAGGAUAUAUGACAAGUGCUUCUAGCCAACAAACAGACCUCUGUACAUGGUUGCUUAAUCUGCUAAAAAUAGCAGCCAAAUUUUAUUAAGAUUCCACACUUCUGUCAUCUUAAAAGAAAAGGACAACACCAGGCAAUGAGGCCCUGGUCUCCAUGUACAUAGG